CGACGCGACAGUUGCCCAAGCAUCGAGCACGAAGCGAAUCAAAGCAUUAAGAACAGCGAGCGCGCGACCGAACACGUAAAACGCCAAGAGCCAUUAGACAAAAGUAACGGUCCGCACAAGACGCUUAUGCAAAUUGCUCGCGUGCGUGUGCCCGUGCCUGUGUGUGUUUGUUAUUUUUGUUCUUGUGCUCAAAUUGCCGCAAUAAAAGUACAAAAUUAUGUGGCACAAGUGAAAGUGGCCACAUUGAGCGGACACCACAGCAGCAGCCAACGGACACAUAACGACAGCUGAAGCCGCAACAGCAGCUGGGCUAGGGAGGAUUCGGAGUGGGCGUGGCUAGCAGGCGUAAGGGAAGCGGAGGCGCGCCACCAAAUGCUCAUUGAAAUUUACGAUUAUGCUGCGAAAUUAUUAAACAAUAUGACCGCAACAACCGCAAGCAUCAUUAAUAAUCUGGCCAGCGGGUCAGAGGGUCAGAGAGCCGGACGAACGGACAGUCCAAAUCCCACGACGGCCACAAAUCUAACGUCCAAACUGCUGCAGGCGACAACAGGCAAUAUGAAGACGCUGCUGAAUCGCACGCUGGCCACAAUGGGCGGCCAGCGCAGCACAUUGACCACCCUGCUGCUUCAUGGCGGCCUGGGCACAGGCGUGGCCAGCGGGCAGCGGAUCCGGCAGCUGCCCCAUGCCAAUGGCAGCGUGCAUGCCACGGCCAAUGACAGCGACAACCCUGGCCAGGAUAUGUACAAUGCAUUUAAUGUCACGUCGUCGCCGUCGUCGUCGUCAGUCGGUUUCAUCGAGUCCUCGACCACGGCCGCCAGCACAGUGCUGAGCAGCGCCAUCACCAAUCUGCCGGAGACGAGUGGCCCGGCCACCACAUUCCCAGCUCAGACGAUGGCCACCAUCAUUGCGGCCGGCAACAAGAAUCGAGCCACCACCAUCAUCCUAUAUCCAACGGUUUCACCCGAAUCGAUUGUCAUACCCAUCGUUUCGUGCAUCUUUGGCUUUCCGAUAUUGGCGCUGAUUGUGAUCUGCUGCCUGCGACGUCGAGCCAAGUUGGCCCGGGAGCGGGACAGACGGCGCAACUAUGAUAUGCAGGACCACGCUGUCAGCCUGGUCAGAUUUAGUCCAAUUCAUAGGCUUAAUUACCGAUCGUCGCGAGCUAUCAGUUUACGUCCUGAACGAAGCCUAAGCCAGGGCUUCACCUCGGUGGAGCUGGACACAGUGCUGGAGGAGCGCUGCAGCGAUGUGGAGCAGACACAAACCGAAAUCAUAAAUCCCGAAUCGCCUAUGGACACCACCUCCUAUAAGAUGUCCUUCUCUUCGAGCUAACAGUUAGCAGUUGCACAACAGCAGCAGCAGCCGAAGUCGUCGGCAUCGCCGCCAGCGCAGCCGCAGACGGCAGCCAUGGCUAUGCAGCUGCUGCCGCCGCAUUCGACGUCAUCGACGCUGACGCUGACGCCGCCGCUGCGUAAGGCGGGCAGCGUGCGCGAAUCGGUCGAGUCCGCGGCGCUGGCUAAACGUCGCAGUCGGCUGCAGGAGCUUCGCGCUGCGAGUAGCAGCCAGGCCAGCGAAGCGGGCAUCGCGUUCGGCGUCGGCAAGCGAGACUCAAAGCGUCGUCACGGCGCCGGCGCCGACACCAGCAGCAAGAGCUCAACAGCGGCCACCAUGCGCAAGUCGCAGUCGCUGGACGCCGCCGAAAGCUAUUCGCUGGCCAGCAUUCAGUCGCCGCUAUGGGUGACGCUCACCAAUGCACGAACCAUCGAGGAGCUGGCGCAGCAGAAACUGUAAAUAUUUUACAGAAAGCCGAAAGAAAAGAAGAGACAGAAAGAGAGAGAAAAAAACCCCACCAACCAACGAGGCUUGUUGUUGUUGCAGCUGUUAAAUGUUAAUGAGGAGUUACCCACCCCUCCAAUCCAACGGUUUUUCUUAGAGUCCAAAUAGCUGAAUCCACCUUGUAAAUGUAUAAGCAAAUGUAACAGCAUAACAAGUAUUCAACAAUUUACAACAUUAGCAAACGCAUAUACUUAAGCUAAUGACCAAAAUUAGUUCAAAAUAAACGAAAAU